UUGCAACCCAGGCAACCCUUGCAACCAAGGCAAUCCUUGCAACCCUUGCAACCCACACAACCCUUGCAACCCUUGCAAUCAACACAAUCCUUGCAACCAAGGCAACCCUUGCAACCAAUGCAACGCUUGCAACCCUUGCAACCCACACAACCCUUGCAAUCAUUGCAAUCAACACAAUCCUUGCAACCAAGGCAACCCUUGCAACCAAGGCAAUCCUUGCAACCCUUGCAACCCUUGCAACCCUUGCAACCCUUGCAACCAUUGCAAUCAACACAAUCCUUGCAACCAAGGCAACCCUUGCAACCUAUGCAAUCCUUGCAACCAAGGCAACCCUUGCAACCCUUGCAACCUAUGCAAUCCUUGCAACCAAGGCAACCCUUGCAACCCAUGCAAUCCUUGCAACCAAGGGAACCCACGCAACCCACACAAUCCUUGCAACCAAGGCAACACAUGCAACCCAUGAAACCAAGGCAACCCAGGUAACCAAUGCAACCCACGCAACCAAU